CACUUGCAUAUUCAGUCACAGCGGACAUUGUUGCGCGCGCACGGCGGCAGACUCCCGAUAGUUGAUAUUGCAGCAGCGUCCCGGCAAUGCACGCAGCUUCACUUUCUCCGGCGCUCGCAAUUCAAACAGCGUAUAUAUCGCCGACUCUCGAAAGCACUUUCCCGGCGCAUUUAUCGGCCAGCAGCCGAACGAGAGCACCGUGCUAUCCGUCCGGCUUAGCGCGACGGUCUCUCCCCUCGAAUCGAAUCGCGCACCAAGGACGACGUUCCUUCGAUGACAGCGACGUCACUGCUGGAUCUCCACCACCAGAAGCAAAGCAGGCGCGCGCUUCCUUCUUUCUCGGUCCAGGGGGACUCGGUCGCACACGCAACGGUCCACCAGUGUGGCGAUUUACAUGCACGCUCACGCCGGCAGCACACACGCACAGACACACGCGCAGGGACGGAUCUCCUCCUCGCGGCAGGAAGAAACGCGGCGGACGAACCGGAGGAGUCACCCGUCGAUGCUCCGGGGUGGAAAAAAAAAAUAAGUUUCUCUUCUCGCGGGGCGGCCCUUAUUUCUUUCUCGUCCUUUCCCUCUCUUGCUCAGUGAAACUGCCCGGCGGCGGGGGAGAAAAAGAAAAUGAUUACCGCGGCGCCUGGGAGCAAAGCAGCGGCAGCACCGGACGCCCGUCGCGCGUAGAAGGGUAGUGUGCGCCGGUGGACGGCUUGGCGCUCGUGGAUACGGAUAAGCGCUUGGCCUGACGCCGCAGUGACCAUCGCCGCAUCAUCGUCCUGGCGCGGGACGACCGGAACGGUGAAGUCGAGUGCCCGCCUCGGGGCGGCAUUUAGCUGCCCGAAGAGGAGGCCCUGCGCGCGCACGCUGGUCCCGGCGGAAUAUGGGACGAGCGCGCGAUCGCCGGCCUCCGAUGAGACGGGGCCGCGACGGUGGGGACGCCGGUACGCGCCAACUAUCGCCGCCGCUGUCGCGCUGCCAGCUGAUGGCGAGGAGUGCUAAGCUAGGCGGCGGCGAUCGUGCGGUGUCCAGAAGCAGCGAGCCGCCGCCGCCGCCGCUGGAACGGAGACCCCGCUGGAGAUCGUCCCUUGCCGUGCAACGAGAAGACACAGGUGCGCUGCGCUCGUGCCUCACGGUGGGCCUGUGUGUUCUUCUCUGCGCCACUUGCUGCACAGGCGAUCCGGACCGUUACUCGCAGGUCAAGGAGACGCACAACGGCACCUACCUGUCCCAGUAUGAGUGGCGGGUGCGCGACAUGUACGCGCUGCUGCAGCGCUCAUCCGUCAUGCACGGCGUCAACCUGGCAGGCCCGGACUUCUACACGGGCAAGCCUGGCUACCGGGUGCGGCUGGGACUGUCCUUCGGUCGCAUCAACCCGGCCAAUGGGAUACCCUACAUGGGCGUCUGGUUCACCAUCCUGCGCGGACGCUACGACGACGCGCUCGAGUGGCCCUUCCAGUACCGCUUCAACAUCACCGUGGUCGACCCGUCGGGCUCGGGGCAGGACUCGCACGUCUCCAUGAACCCAAUGACGGCUAUCUGCCGGUUGCGCAAGCAGUUCCAGCGGCCCACCGAGCGCCGGACCGACGGGGUCGAAGGGUGCGGCAAAUCGUUUCUCGUACCCCACAGCAAGCUCCUCGGGUACGUGACCGACGACAGCCUCCUGGUGCGGCUCAGCAUAUUCCUUGAGGACAAGGGCGCCAUUCCCAAGAGGGCUAAAGCCUACAUGCGCGGUCACCAGCUCGUCUCCGAGUUCCAGUGGGCCGUCGAUGACAUCGACUCCAAGAUCAAGCAGGCCCGCAAGGGCGAGCUGCAGCCACUGACAAGCGACCUCUUCUACAUAAACAGCGAGAGCUACCUGAUGGUGCUCCAGCUGACCUUCCACCCGGAAGACGAGCACCUGGGCCUCUUCGCCGUCGUUAUUCCGGGCGAGUUCGACGACUCGCUCGAGUGGCCGCUCUCGUAUAGCUUCGAGCUGUCCAUAGUGGACCAGUCGGCGGGCUUCCUGACCGCCGACCGCAAAGGUGUGAUUGACCCAACAUCUGGUGUGUGCCCGCUCAGCGCGUUUACCAAGCCGCAGUUCCAGCCCAACACGCCGUGCGGCUUCCGGAAGCUCGUCUCGUUUAGCGCCCUCGAGCGGAGCAAUUUCAAGAAGGACGGCAAGAUCCUGCUCCGCUUCACGGCAAUCCUCGACCAGAUGCCAAACUUCGCUUCCGUGUCGGUGAAGGAUCGUCACCUGGUAGCCGAGUACAUAUGGAAAGUGCCCAAUGUGGAAAGGAAAAUCGCCCUCGCUACUUCUGGCCGACCUUCCAACCUGCUCAGCGAGCGGUUCUACACGAGGCACCAGGGCUAUCUUAUGCAGAUGCAGCUCAAGUUUCAAAAUUAUACCAACGGCAGCAUCGGCGCCUUCCUCACGCUUCUGGAAGGCGGCUACGACUCACUGGCUCAGUGGCCCUUCGUGAAGCGGUUCGACCUCAUCAUCAUCGAUCAGCAGCACGGAAAGAGGGGCAACGAUGUAGUGGUGGCUGUAGACCCAAAUAACCCGUACAUCAAGAAUGAAGCAUGCGUCGGAUCCUUCUGGAGGCCCUUCGGACGUAACGACGCGUGCGGGUCUUCGAGUGCCAUCUCUUACGACGAAGUGUACAAUCGCAAGUACAUCCGCUAUGGGAGCCUCCUGGUCAAGGUCGUCGUCUACAUGGAGGAGAUCGAACCACCGAACAUGGCGAGACUAGUGUUCCGCGACGACAGUGUCGUCGCCGAGUACGACUGGCUCGUCCCGGACAUAAAGGAAAAGGUGGCGCAGGCAAAGCUUGGCAACGCGCAGUUUGUAGACAGUGACAAGUUUUACCUGACCAACGGAGGUUACCGUGUAAUGUUGCGCCUUUACCCUGAGAAGGCGUCCGGUUAUGUCGGCCUGUACGUGGUGUUCACGCGAGGCGCCUACGACGACGUACUCGAGUGGCCGUUCACGCACAAGUACGAAAUGGUGAUCGCCGACCAGAAGGACGACUCCUCGGCUGACAUAGUGCACACGACGUUCGCGGCGUCCGGCUGCCCGGACAUCGCGCUCCAGAAACCCGCCCAAGAACUGGCCGAAUGGAGCUGCGGCGAGAGCCGCAUGGCGAGCCACGCGGCGCUCCUAAAUGGCGGUUACGUGCGCGACGGUGCCGUCCGCGUGCGCUUCCGCGUAUUCCUCAAGGAGUACGCGAGUCACGUCGCCUCCGUGGCUGUGCGAAACAACGCACUCGUCUCCGAAUACCUGUGGGAGCUGAAGGACGCGCCCGCCAAGUUAAACCUGCUCAAGAACGGCGGAUUCGCGAAGGUCGAGAGUCCCAUCUUCUACACGGGCAACCAGGGCUACGCCCUGAGGAUGAGCCUAGUACUCAACAAAGUGACGACGCCGCUACAGACUUUGGCCAGCAACGAUGACCAGAGCGUCCUGGGCAUCUACUUCACCCUCUGGAAGGGCAGGCACGACGGUGUACUGAAGUGGCCCUUCCCACACGUCAUCACGCUAGCCGUCGUCGACACGGCGAGGGGGCGGGCGGACCUUUCCAAGACAGUGGACCCGACGCACGCGCGGUGUCCACCCGAGGCCUUCCACAAGCCAAAAUCCAUGCGCAAUGAGCACGCAUGCGGGUUCUCUGCCUUCAUGGCGAUCGAACGACUCGGUGAUUACAUGCGCGACGGCUCGCUGGUGAUCAGGGCCACGAUCGACAUGAGAAGCUGA